GGCAAUUUUAACAGAGUCCAUAGAGUGAGAUACCAGUAUUGAACUGCUGCUGCUUUAUAUAUAACUCGCACCAAAACAAAAAUUAACGCAUGUAGUGAUUAAAAGAAAAUGGUGACUCUAUUGGUUGCGACAACUACUGAUCCGGCCUCAAUCAACCCUGCCGCUGCCAUCUUGGCCAUGCCAGGGUGGCAACCGGUGCCCUCUUUCCAGGAAAUGAAGAGUUACAGUAAUAAAGAAGUGAGGUUGUUACAACACGAUAAAAGCAUAAUCAAGGAAGACAAUUUGGACGAGCGGUGGGAAGAGGCGACUGGGGAAGUGGUGGAAGAGGUGAUUUUUUUUAGCAAACACACUGCCGUUUCUAAUCGACCUGCCCUAACUAUUCAUCCGAUUGGAGUGCCUCAUUUGCGCCAAGGAGAUGUGCCACCACAAGGAGGGAAGCCAGGAUGGGCUGCACCACCUGAUCCUAGGAUGGGACCAUGGCUUCGGCUCUUGAAAAAAAUUGCUGAUUCUCAUCAUUUGCUUCCUGAGUUUGAGAUUACUUUAGAGGCUACUCAUCAUGGACCAGUCACCAAUAAGCCAACUAUGUUCAUUGAAAUUGGUAGCACAGAAGAGUACUGGAAGAGGCAGGAUGCUGCUCAAGUCAUUGCUCUACUUGUAUGGGAAGGACUUGGGCUUGGAGGAGGUCCCUCAGUAGGAAACUGGAGCAGUGCCCAUGACAAGAGAACUGUCCUUCUUGGAAUAGGUGGCGGACACUAUGCACCUCGGCAUAUGGAUAUAGUGCUAAAAGAUGGUGUUUGGGUAGCACACCUCCUUUCAGGGUAUUCUUUACCCAUGGAAGAUCCAAGUCAGACAAAAAAAGAUAGUAGUACGAAAGAUAUUGGUGGAACUUGGAGAGAAGCAAUUAAAGCUGUGUAUGAAGCUACACAAUCAGCUUUCCCUGGUGGAGAAAUUUUGGCGCAUCUUGACCACAAGAGUUUCAAGAGCUGGCAGAAAAAUGCUAUUAUAGGAUUUCUAGGAGAACAGAACAUUAAAAUUGGGAAGCCUAAUGAUUUCUAAUUCAUUUCGAUGAUGAUUGGUGACGUGAACUAGCUCUUUAUUUCUAGAUAAAGAAACAGAGUAAGCUUGAAACAGAUGGCAUAGCACAAGGUUGUGAGAAUGCCUUGGGGCAAGCACCGUCUUCUGCAGCAGAAUUUCUGCCUGUUCACGUCUUAUUAAUUUUCUGCCAAAUUGUUUAUUUUAUUUUAGGAGAAACACAAGGAUCUUUGAUCCAUGGUGCCUUAUACAUUGAUGUAAGCAAGCUUGUGAAAUGAUCAUUUACUGCCAAGAGUAAUAGUAUAAAUUACUUGUAGAAUAUUGGUAAUAGUGGAAUGUUUCACUUCUGAGGUUUAAA